CCAGUUUUUUAUAGACAGGAGCCAGUCAAAUCAACAUGGCGAUGAGAGCAAGUGCUCUGAUUGCCUCAUCUGUUCUAGUGACAAGACCUCGUAACCUUAUAAUUCAUCAUACAAUGAAUUAUUUCUAAGUUCAGGAGGAUAAUCUGAACCUUGCUUCAACCAUGUCAACUGGAAUUGUCAUGCGCCAGUUCAUAUCUGGCUUGAAGAAUCGAAAUGAAGAGGUCCGCAUCAAGACAGCCAAUGACCUCCACCAUUUUGUCAGCACUGAGCUACGUGAAAUGCCGGUGGAAGAACACACAACCUUCAUGGAUGAGUUCAACCAUCAUAUCUUCGAGAUGGUGUCUAGCACAGAUCUGAAUGACAGGAAGGGCGGAAUCUUAGCUAUAGUGAGUUUGAUUGGUGUAGAUGUUGGCAAUACAUCAACAAGAAUGAGUAGAUUUGCAAGCUAUCUGCGCAAUCUUCUGCCAUCAAAUGAUGUUGUGGUGAUGGAAAUGGCGGCGAAGGCUGUUGGGAUCCUGGCUCUUGCAUCAGGCACGUAUGCUGCGGAGUAUGUCGAGUUCGAGGUGAAGCGAGCACUGGAAUGGCUGACUGGAGACAGGAUUGAAGGGAGGAGGCAAGCUGCGGUUCUUGUGCUGAAAGAGCUUGCCGAUAACACUCCCACAUUUUUCUUCCAACAAGUUCAGCAGUUCUUUGACUCAGUUUUCAAUGCUAUCAGAGACGUAAAGCCAUCGAUAAGAGAAGGUGCUGUGGCAGCACUGAGAGCAGCCUUGACCGUGACCUCUCAGAGGGAGACCAAGGACUCUCAAAGGUCACAGUGGUACAGGCAAUGUUUUGACGAGACCCAGAAGCCAUUUGACGAGAGCCAGAUGCGGGAGAAGAAGAUGACACGAGAGGACUGGACACACGGCUCGCUGCUCAUCAUCAAUGAGCUACUGAGAUGCAGCAACGUGGAGGGAGAGAGACAGAGAAUGGAAAUGGAGGAAAUCACAGCUCAGCAGAACCUCCAUGACAAAACUGUGAAGGAGUUGUCGUCCAAGUCCAAACCCCAGGGCAGUAUCUCCGCGCUGCAGCAGUUGCAGCAGAAGAUGUCGCCUCUGAUGAUAUUUGGCCUUGGCGGCCGUCCAGCACAGCAGAAGCCGACAUUCUUUGAGAGUCAUACAUGUAAAGAGUUGAUGUCGGCCAACUUUGACAAUGUAUGUCACCUCAUUCUGAAGCACCGGACAAGUCGCAGCGUCUAUGUGCAACAGUCCCUUCUCAUGGUCCUGCCACGACUGGCAGCAUUCAACUCACAGUUCUUCUCUAAAACAUAUUUGCAUGACACCAUCAACUUCCUGCUGGGGACGUUGAAGCGUGAGCGAGACCGUACGCAGGCCUUCCAGGCGGUUGGGCUUCUUGCUAUCUCCGUUCAAGGGGAGAUUAGUCAACACCUGCCUCGCAUCAUGGAGGUCAUUAGAGCAUCUCUCCCACCUAAAGACUACUCUGCUAAGAAACAUCGUAACUUCGCGGUGGACCCAGCUGUGUUUACCUGUAUCAGCAUGCUGGCCAAGGCCAUGGGCCCACAGAUGACCCGCGACAUCCGAGAACUACUCGACUCCAUGCUGGCCACGGGCUUGAGUCCUGCUCUGACUGCUGCACUGAGGGACCUAGCCACACAGAUCCCACAGCUCAAGAAAGACAUUCAAGAUGGCCUCCUCAAAAAUCUCUCUCUAAUCCUGAUGGGACGGCCCCUGAAACACCCAGGAGCACCAAAGAGUCCCUCAUCCGCUCUUCCUCCAUCAGCAUCUGUGGCCAACUUGCCCGAGUCCCACGAUGCUACAAGCAUCACAUUGGCACUGCGGACACUGGGCAGCUUUGACUUUGAAGGUCACUCCUUGACCCAGUUUGUCCAGCACUGUGCUGACCACUACCUGAACAGCGAACACAAGGAGAUCCGCAUGGAGGCAGUACAGACCUGUGCCCGGCUUCUGUCACCUCUACUCACGCUCCUGGCCACCAGCCAGGGUCAGAUCAGCAUGUCUGCCAUGACAACCGUAGCCUAUGUCCUCAACAAGUUACUGGUGGUGGGCAUCACAGACUCAGAUGCCGACAUCCGGUACUGUGUUCUGGCUGCCCUGGACGAGAGGUUUGACCCCCAUCUAGCACAGGCCGAGAAUCUUAGUGCACUGAAUGUACUCAUCCCCAAACUGAAGGAAACUGACCCCAAUCCAAGUGUGACCAUCAGUGUGCUGGCUGCCAUUGGAGAACAGGCACAGGUGAGCGGCACUGAGAUGAAGAAGUGGAUGGAUGAGUUGCUCCCCAUCAUUCUGGACAUGCUGCAGGACUCGUCAUCCCUGCAGAAGAGAGAGGUGGCUCUGUGGACCCUGGGUCAGAUAGUGGAGAGCACAGGGUCCGUGGUGGAACCCUACAAGAAGUACCCCACUCUCCUGGAGGUUCUCCUCAACUUCCUCAAAACAGAACAGGCGCCAGGCAUCCGGAGAGAGGUGAUUCGAGUCCUGGGACUGCUUGGAGCUCUGGACCCCCACAAGCACAAGCUAAACCUGGGUCUAAUCUCGGAGAGUGAGGCUGCAGUCAGCAAGUCAGACCACACCAAAGCCGAGAAGGAUGCCAGCAACACAGAACUUAACACCAGUGAAAUGCUGGCUAACAUGAGUGCCACCACAACUCUGGAAGAGUUCUAUCCAGCCAUCGCCAUAGCAACACUAAUGAAGAUUAUCCGAGACCCGUCGCUGUCUCAGCACCACACAAUGGUGGUUCAGGCCAUCACGUUCAUCUUCAAGAGUCUGGGUAUCAAGUGUGUCCCGUACAUUCAGCAGGUCAUACCGGCAUACCUCACAGUCAUCAGGUCUGCUGAUCCCAACUUCAGGGAGUUCCUGUUUCAACAACUGGGUGUCAUCAUUGCCAUUGUCAAGCAGCACAUCAAGAACUACCUGGAGGACAUCUUCUGUCUCAUCAAGGAAUUCUGGACGCCCAACAGCUCCAUGCAGAGCACCAUCAUCCUGCUCAUCGAGCAGAUCGUCAAUGCUCUGGGCACGGAGUUCAAGGUGUACCUGCCCCAGAUUGUGCCCCAAAUACUACGAGUGUUCAUGCAUGACACCAGCCAGGACCGAGUCGUCACAGCCAAGCUCCUGAAUGCACUCCAGCUGUUUGGUGCCAACCUUGAUGACUAUCUCCACCUCCUCCUGCCACCAGUCGUGAAACUGUUUGACUCUGCUGAUAUUCCUAUCCCUGUCAGAAAAAUGGCCCUGGAGACUAUUGACCGGUUGACCGAUAGUCUGGACCUGACAGACUAUGCGUCCCGGAUCAUCCACCCACUGGUGAGAACACUGGAUACCUGCUCCAUGCUGCAAACCACCGUCAUGGACACGCUCUGUGCCUUGGUGCUGCAACUUGGACACAAGUUCACCAUCUUCGUCUCCAUGGUCAACAAGGUGAUGACCAAGAACAGGAUCACACAUCAGCUCUACAACAUCCUUAUGUGCAGGCUACUUAAGGGCACUACCAUAGCUGAAGAAGAGGAUGACCCCGUCUUAAUCAAACACAAGAAGAAUAGGCUCAAGGCGCCACAGUCUUCAGAUCAAACAACAGAAACAGCCACCAUCAAGAAGUUACAUGUCAACUUUAACCACAUGCAGAGAGCGCUGGGGGCAGGGAGGCGAGUGUCCAAAGAAGACUGGAUGGAGUGGCUGCGGAAGCUGAGUAUUGAGCUGCUGAAGGAAUCCCCCUCCCCAGCACUGCGGUCCUGCUGGACCUUGGCCCAGACAUACAACCCCCUGGCCAGGGACUUGUUCAAUGCUGUGUUUGUGUCGUGCUGGACGGAGCUGACAGAGACCCAGCAGGAUGAGUUGAUCCACAGUCUGGAGCAGGCCCUCACAUCCCAGGAGAUCCCCGAGAUCACCCAGACCCUGCUCAACCUGGCCGAGUUCAUGGAGCACUGUGACAAGGGUCCCCUGCCUCUUGCUAGUAACAUCCUAGGUCAGAGGGCUAUGAGGUGCCAGGCUUAUGCCAAGGCACUCCACUACAAGGAAGAGGAGUUCCACCGAGGCCCCACAACCGACACUCUGGAGGCACUCAUCAGCAUCAACAACAAGCUGCAACAACCUGAGGCAGCAGCUGGUGUCCUGGACUACGCCAUGAAGCAUCAUCGGGCAGAUCUGAAAAUCCAGGAAAAUCCAGGAGAAACUUGGUAUGAAAAACUUCAUGAAUGGGACAAAGCACUUCAUGCCCUGGGUCAGCUACAUGCCCUGGCUUGUGACAAGUGGCCAACAGCCAGUGAUGACGUUCGAACCAAGAUGGCGAGAAUGGCUUCAGCUGCCGCAUGGGGUCUAGGCCAGUGGGAGAGUAUGGAGGAGUACAUGUGUCUCAUCCCACGCACCAGCUACGAUGGAGCUUUCUACAGAGCCAUCUUUGCUCUUCACUCGGAGAACUUCCAGCUGGCCCAACAGUGUAUCGACAAGGCCCGGGACAUCCUGGACACAGACCUGACAGCUAUGGCUGGGGAGAGUUACAACAGAGCCUAUGGGGCGAUGGUCAAUGUCCAGAUGUUGUCCGAGCUGGAGGAGAUCAUUAAGUACAAGCUGAUUCCCGAGAGACAGGACGCCAUCAAGACCAUGUGGUGGGACAGACUCAAGGGCUGUCAGCGGGUGGUGGAAGACUGGCAGCGGAUCCUGCAAGUGAGGUCCCUGGUUAUCUCCCCUGCGGAUGACAUGAAGACCUGGCUCAAGUACGCCAGCCUGUGUCGCAAGAGUGAGCGGCUGGCCCUGUCUCACAAGACUCUGGUCACUCUACUGGGGAUGGACCCUGAAAAGAACAAGGAUAAGCACAUCCCUACCACGCAUCCACAGGUCACCUUCGCCUACCUCAAACAUAUGUGGCAGACGGGCAGCAAUCAGAAGGAAAAUGCCUUCAGCAUGUUGCAGUACUUUGUACGUCAGUCGCUCCAGACCAAGUCACUCCAACUCAUGGCUCCAGAGGAUGCUCCACAGAGACUGGAGCUCAACAAGCUGCUGGCCAGAUGUUAUCGUUGUCUGGGAGGCUGGGCGGAGGAGUUGAACGGUAUAUCGGAGGAUUCUAUCCCCCAAGUGUUGGAGUAUUACAGUCUGGCUACUCAGCAUGACAAGAACUGGUACAGGGCCUGGCAUGCGUGGGCACUGAUGAACUACGAGGCUGUGUUGUUCUACAAGCAGAAGGAGCAGAAUUCCUCCAGCACCACACCCUCUGGGAUAAGGGAGCCAUAGCCAGGCCCGGUUAUGGAACUAGUCAUCUCACCGAAACCAGAAUCAAAUUCCGCCAAGAUCCACAAGUACUGUGUACCAGCAGUACAAGGCUUCUUCCGGUCUAUAGCCCUCGACUCCCAGAACAGCCUCCAGGAUACUCUCAGGUUGCUGACGGUGUGGUUUGACUUCGGGCAGUGGCCGGAGGUGCAUGAGGCGCUGGUGGAGGGCAUUAAGACCAUCCAGAUCGACAACUGGCUACAGGUGAUUCCCCAGCUGAUUGCCAGGAUUGACACUCCCCGGAACCUGGUUGGCCGGCUCAUCCAUCAGCUGCUCAUCGACAUUGGCAAACAUCAUCCUCAGGCUCUCAUCUACCCGCUGACAGUGGCAGCCAAGUCUAAUGUAGUGGCCCGCCAGACAGCUGCCAACAAGAUCCUGCAGAACAUGUGUGAGAGAAGCAACAACCUGGUACAGCAAGCUAUGCUGGUUUCAGAGGAGCUGAUCCGAGUUGCCAUCUUGUGGCAUGAGCUGUGGCAUGAGGGUCUGGAGGAGGCAUCGCGGCUCUACUUCGGGGAGAGGAACGUCAAGGGCAUGUUCGCAACCCUUGAACCUCUACAUGCCAUGAUAGAACGAGGCCCACAGACUCUCAAGGAGACAUCAUUUAAUCAGGCAUAUGGCCGGGACCUGAUGGAGGCUCAGGACUGGUGUCGGAAGUAUCAGCGGUCGGGGAACGUGAAGGAUCUGACCCAGGCCUGGGACCUGUACUACCAUGUGUUCAGAAGGAUCUCCAAGCAGCUUCCACAGCUGACGUCCCUGGAGCUGCAGUAUGUGUCCCCCAAACUCCUCAAGUGUGAGGACCAGGAGCUGGCCGUGCCAGGAUCCUACGAGCCCAACCAGCCCGUCGUCCGCAUCAAGCGAGUUGCCAGCUCCCUACAGGUCAUCACCUCCAAACAGAGGCCACGCAAACUUACCAUAUAUGGUAGUGAUGGUAAGGACUAUCAGUUCCUGCUGAAGGGCCAUGAAGACUUGCGUCAAGAUGAGCGGGUCAUGCAGCUGUUUGGUCUUGUCAACUCACUCCUCAGGAAUAACCCAGACACUUUCCGCAGAAACCUCACAAUCACACGUUUCUCGGCCAUCCCUCUGUCGACCAACUCGGGACUGAUUGGAUGGGUGCCGCACUGUGAUACUCUACAUUCCUUGAUCCGAGACUACCGUGAGAAGAAGAAGAUCCUGCUCAACAUCGAACACAGGCUCAUGCUGCGGAUGGCCCCGGACUAUGACCACCUGGCCCUGAUGCAGAAGGUGGAGGUGUUCGAACAUGCCCUGGAACACACACAGGGCGAUGACCUGGCCAAGAUACUGUGGUACAAGAGUCCAAGCUCCGAGGUAUGGUUUGAUCGUCGGACCAACUACACCCGCUCGCUGGCCGUGAUGUCUAUGGUGGGGUAUGUCCUGGGACUUGGGGACAGGCACCCUUCAAAUCUGAUGUUAGAUCGUAUGAGCGGCAAAAUCAUCCACAUUGACUUUGGUGACUGCUUCGAGGUAGCCAUGGUGAGGGAGAAGUUCCCAGAGAAGAUUCCCUUCCGACUGACCAGAAUGUUGAUGAAUGCCAUGGAGGUGACGGGUAUCGACGGCAACUACCGCAUGACGUGUGAGAGCGUGAUGCAUGUACUGAGGGACCACAAGGACAGUCUGAUGGCUGUACUGGAAGCCUUCGUCUACGAUCCACUGCUCAACUGGAGGCUGGUUGAUGCAACAACCAAGACAAAGACGAAAACCAACAGAUCAGACUCCUACACCGGAAGUCAAGAACAAGGUGACCUGUUAGAGAGUGUUGAGCUGAAUCAGUCGUCCAGCAAGAAGAUCGGACCAGAGAGUAGUGUUUCAGGGGGGUCAGGAGAUGACAACGUGCCGUCGGAAGUGUUGAACAAGAAGGCAAUCUCCAUUGUCAACCGAGUUCGGGACAAACUUACAGGUCGUGACUUCAGCACAGAGGAUGCCAUUGAUGUGAGGAAGCAGGUGGAGCUGCUGAUACACCAGGCUACAUCGCACGAGAAUCUCUGUCAGUGCUACAUAGGCUGGUGUCCAUUCUGGUGAUCUGGAGGGACCACUUUAAUCAAGUUAUGAAGAUGUACAUUAUUUAUAUGUAAAUAAUGUUGAAGAGAGAGAACUACAGCGACCAUGUAUAUAAGACUUGCUACAUUGUGAAACUGAGUUGCAGUUUGAAUAACAAUAGGAUGUCCAGUGGCCAAGUAGUUCCCUUCUUGCAACACUCACAUUAUCAUGCUGUAUUGGCAAACGAUUCAUUUCACACAUUUAGUCAACCAAAUCAUUUGUUUCACAUGACCCUGGCACUGUGGUGUGUGACUCUCUAAACAACACGGGAAGAGUUUCAUUUGGACUCCAAAAACAGUUUUGUUGACAUUUAUUUCUUACAAAAUAUCCUGUGCAUUGAUAACGCAAUACAUUACAAACAAGCAAAUGCAUGAGAAAGGGAGGUAUGGUUUGCUCUGUUGUCAUCACAACGACAUCUGCAAGUGUCCCUCCGGCAGCUAAGGGGCCUAUAGAGAUUAUCCUUAAUCUUGAGUGAACACUUGUUUCCUAUUUUAGUCCCGGCUUCAAACAAGACUGGCUAAUUCCAAUAAUUUAGGAAUAUACAAGAAUGCUUGAAACUCAGAACUACUUUUAGUUGCUCCUGUGUGGUGAAAAUCUGAUAAGUCAGGAAAUGGCUGGAUCAGGUUUCCAUGGUAUUCAGAUUCCUGUUUGUGUUUGUGUUGUGUAAUUAUGGUUGGGAAAUAUUACUCAGUAUUUAAACCAAGGAAAGUGCCAUAAAGACAGCUGUUUACCAAGGUAGCAAAAAGUUAACAAAGGGCAUUGUGGAGCUUUAAUGAAGUACAUGGUUGAAUUUCCUAUAUGAAAUGUAUCUUAUGGUUGUGUCUUUUGACCCAGCUAUAAUUGCACUGUCUAGAUCAAGUCCUUGAGAUAAUGAAUUAGUGCAUUUUGCAACAGUAUGAAGUACAUAAUAAAUGUUUGUCAGGA